ACUGCUUCCUGUUCCGGCCUUCCGCCCUUGCUCUGUCUGCUCCUCGGACGUUUUUCGUGACCGAAAUCAUAUUGGUGACGCUUUAAUAUCCAGAGGGGAGGUCGAAGAAUGGUGUUCAUACCUCCUUACGAGUCCAAGCUUCUCUUUAUAUAUGAAGUGUGGGCUCAAAAGCGGCAGCAGCUGGGCUGGAAGCCGUUCAGCUACUACAAGACACGAGCGGAUGAGCAGGGGCUUGAAAAGAUGCUAUAUCUCUCAUAUUAUUCACUCAAGUACGGUAUUGCAGCCGGCGUGUAUGAUGGAUUCGCUCUUGCACACGCGACAACGUUCAAGCAUUACCUGGGACGUAUCGGCUACUGGACAGUUCCAGCAUUGAUGUCCACUGGUGCUUUCGUGGCCACAAAUCACGUCCUGGCAAAGGUCACUGGCAAGGACACGGUGUACAACCACAUGGCUAGUGCCGUUGCCGCUGCCUCUGUGUGGGGAGCAAAGUUCAAUAGCUACACUGUUGGCGUUCCUCUUGCCGUCGUCUUAGUCGUAUUGUGUGGCAUUAAGAAGUUGACAGUCGAUGCUGGCAUGGAAAGCAUGGCUGGAACCACUCCAAAGUACCCGGAGUACUGGUACUUUGCACAGAAGAACGACUUCUCCAUCAUGAAGGAAUAGUAUGCUGUCAAGCUGUCAUGCUGAUUCCUUUGUUUUCUCAUGCACAGGAUGCUGUGCGCCGUUGUAGAAUAAAGUCAAUGUGAAUCUUA